CCGCUGGCCGACAGUUUCUUCUCCUUUGCUUCCCUCACGCUUCUCCUUAGUGUAACUUGCGCGCCGGCGCAUCUGGUCAGCACCCAACACCCCCCGCCGCCGCAAACUCCAGACUUUCGACUGAGCAGACGCGGGCACGAAGCGGAACGGGGCACCCAGGGCUGAAUCGCCAGCGAGAUGGACCCCCGGCUCUGAAGCGAACCAUGGACCCAUCGCUGCCCAGGGGAUCCCAGUCCCAUCUGUCCCCCAGAAACAACGACGCCAGCAGCAACGAACUCGCCCAACAUCGAGUGCGCUUCGCCGAGGGGGAACCGCAGGCGAGCCACAAGAUUCACCAGCCGACAGCGCGGCGCGAGGGCUCUUCGGGUGCCACAGCCCCGGCUACGCAGCCCGCCGUAUUCUGGGACGACCGGGACAACGACGCUAAUGUGGAGGAGGGGUUCACCUUCUACCGCGAGGGCACACCGACACCGCCCGAAUAUGAGGGCCACGAGAAGGGUUAUGGAGCGGGCGGGGCCGCCCCGGUAGCCGAGGCCUCGACAGUCGGGGGAGGUACGAUCGGGAGCGAGCGUGGCUUCAAUCUCGGAACGCCGGGGCAGCGCGAGGUUAGCCUCGCGGACAGCAAUGAGAUGUCCCCGACCGCCAAGAAGAGGAUGCUGUGGGCCAUCAUUGCCGUUGGGAUUUUGAUGCUCGUCGGCGUUGGUGUCGGCCUGGGCGUUGGCUUGACGAAAGGGAGAUCGACUGCUUCUGCGGAGCCUCUGGAAGGGCCAUCAACAAGCAGCUCGUUUCCGGCGUCAGCAAUAGGGUCGAGUCCGACACCAACGGAACCCCCUCCAUCCCCAACCCUCGCCGGCACUGAGAAUGCUCUACAAACCACGACCAGCUCGGCCGCGGGCGCUCGCCCCACCUACAACUCGGAUUGCCCAUCGUUAAACGACACGAUCUACCACGUCCCGGGCUCUACCAAGAGGUUCUUGCGGCUCUGCGGAAUCGACUUUAGCGGCAGCGGCGCCACUGACUUGGCCCAAAUUUGGACGGGCAGCAUGGCGGACUGCAUGAACAGCUGUGCCUCGUUCGACCAGUGCACCGCCUGUGCGUGGGGCUACAUGGAAGGGGAUGACGGGGACAAGCACCGUUGUUAUAUGAAGAAGAACCUGAAGACGGGUCAUGACGCGGCGAAGGAUUGGUGCCUUGCCAUUUUGCAAUGAAGGCCACGGCAUGCUGCUGGCGUUUCAUGGAUUUAGACACACGAGAUAC